AUGAAGAAUGAACUGAAUAAGAAUUACUCAGAAGUGAUGGAGUUUAUUCUGCUGGGAUUCCAAACAUCUCCAGAUGUACAGCUUCUCUUAUUUUUACUCUUCUUGCUUAUCUACAUGGUCAUUGUGGUGGGAAAUAUCAGCAUGUUAGUUGUCAUUAAAAUAGACUCCAGACUUCACACCCCUAUGUAUUUCUUUCUCAGAAAUCUAUCUUAUUUAGAUCUCUGUUACUCCACCGUCAUUGCUCCUAAAACUCUGGCCACCUUCUUAUCCAAAGACAAGAGAAUUUCUUACAAUGGCUGUGCAACCCAGUUCUUUUUCUUUGCUCUCUUUGUUGGGACGGAAGGCUUUCUUCUAGCUGUGAUGGCAUAUGAUCGCUUCUCAGCCAUUUGCUUGCCCUUCCUCUACGCGGUUCGUAUGUCCCAGCAGGCUUGUGUUCGUUUGGUGACUGCCUCCUACAUCUGUGGCUGCAUCAACUCCAUGAUACAAACAGGUUUCACCUUCAGUUUGCGUUUCUGUGGAGAAAACAGAUUGGACCACUUUUUCUGUGAUGUCACAGCCCUGAUCAAGAUCUCCUGUGUGGACACCUUGGUGAAUGAGAUUGUACUCUUUAUUCUCUCUUCCCUCAUCAUCAUCACUACCACAACUAUCAUUCUGCUUUCUUAUGCAUGUAUCCUCUCCACUGUUCUAAAGAUCCCCUCAACUCAUGGUAGGAGUAAGACCUUCUCCACUUGCAGCUCUCAUAUCACUGUGGUGAGUUUGUUCUAUGGAACUGUAUUCUUCAUGUAUGCCCAGCCUGGAGCCAUCUCUUCACCAGAGAAAAACAAAAUUAUAGCUGUAUUCUACACUCUUAUCAUCCCUAUGUUGAAUCCUCUGAUUUAUAGUCUAAGGAAUAGGGAGGUAAAAAAUGCUAUGAAAAGGAUAUUGUUGAGAAAAAAAACCUUUCAUUGA